GUUCACACCCCCGCAGUCUUUUGCUGUUCUCUACAAUACCAAUCAUCCACAUGCAGUCACCGGACCAGGCACCGGAAGUCUGCGUGCGAUGCAGAAAUCAGAAGCGCAAAUGCGAUAAGCUAUUACCUAUCUGCUCCCUCUGUAAAAGACUUGGCCAUCCUUGUCACUACAAGUCGCUCAUGGUAUUAGGAAAAUCGUCAGCUGAGCCGAUUACCACUCGAUCAGUCACCUUGUUUGAUGCAGACGUCCUCACUCUACAGGAUAUUUUCGAAGCAAUCUAUGCUCGUUUCAAAACGGCUAUUGGCAGCGAAUCAGAGGCGGGCAGAGUUGCUUCAAUUUACUUCCGAGACUUUGACUCGUGUUUUCCAAUUAUUGACUCUGCCCAGUUCUUUGAGCAGCUAUCGAGUUUCUGGUACUUGCACCAGGUCGAGUUUCGUCUGCUUGUACUUUCUAUUUAUCUGAUGACAGCUAUUCCAGAAGAAGGGGAACUGUCUCGUAAAGCCCAGUCCCUGUACAUCUUUAUAAAAAGCUUAAUUGGAACUUUGGAUGGAAUUGGAAUUAACUCAGUUGAAUUGAUACAGUGUCGCCUGCUUAUGACAAUGUUCGAGCUGGGACAUGGAAUGUGUCGAUCUGCAUAUAUCUCAGUCGGAGCGACAGUUAGGGGAGCUGCAGCUCUAAAACUACACGAUGAGCAAUUAGAAACCUCCCUCGACUCUUCCCAUGUCCUAAAAAGCCGAGAGACAAUAGCACGGGUAAAGUGGGCAGCACAAUUGAUGGACCUACUAGCCUCAGUCCAUACAAACAGUCCCAGUGCAUUCGCGAUGAUAGCGAACACGGAAGUAGACGAUAUGGAGGCACGUCAAAUGAUGAGCUUUGGUAAUCAAUUCGCUGCUGUCUUUCGCUCCUUAAAGAUCCUUGUACUGGCAAUGUCACAUGUGCAUGACUCCACAGCUCGUCACGCCUAUAAUAGUGCGCGCGUAAUGGAAUUACAACAAGUUUUGAAUGCCUUGAAUGACGUGUUGACGCAAGAAGCAGAAACAUCUCAACUAAAUAACGUCUCAAUGGCUUUGUGUUAUAGUGCUUCCAUGAUUCUAUUACAAAACUGGCAUCAUAUAUGGAACCACGAAGAUGAAGCAAGCGAGAAAAACUCUUUAUUAUUUCUAGAGCGGAGUAUGAAAGAAUUCAUCCACCAGUGUCGUCAGCUAGCCAAGGAUGCUCCACUAAACGAGUUGCACGGUGUUCUCAUUUUCACUGCAUUCCCCAUCUACAAGGCCGCUUCAAUUUUAAACUAUGACUCGAGGAGAAUUAAAAAUUUAGAUCGUCUUCAAUCUAUAGGAACUAUGAAAAGAGCACUUAAGAAUAUUAGUCGAAAAUGGCUAAUCGGCAAGCAAUAUUUGGAAAAGAUUGAAGAAGGAAAUACAUAGAAAUUUAUUACAAAGCGCGGAUUCUCGUACCUUAUCAUGAAUAUUUGCUCAUCGAUCCUACAUACAUUGGAAGGCUUUUCUGGCUGUUUAUCCUCUAUAUUUUGAACUAC